AUGCUGGCCCUUGAAUGUCCAUGGUUCCUCCCAACUGAUCCCGACAUCGUGAGGCUCGCUCCGAUGAAGAAGCUCUACAUCUGUGGCACUGGUGGCUACGUGGACCUCCAAAAGAUGCUGAUUGAGGACAUGUCUGAGCGGAAAGUUGAGUGCGGAGCCUGCCUGACUGCAUUGAACCAGUACGAGUUCUCCGGACCAUCCCUAAAGAAUGCCAUUGACGCUGCAAUCGCUCAGAGCAAAUCUUCUGUUGACCAGCCUGCCAAGGAGGAUGAGGCAGAGACGCCUGCUGCUGACGCUAGCGCUGCGGCCAAUGUUGGGCCUGCUGCCACUGACGCAGAAGCACCAGAUGCAUGGAGAAAGUAUGUGGAAUCCUUUGCUCCACACAUUGAGCUUCUCGAACCAGGCAAGUUCGGCAAGACAUUGCCUUACCGUUGUCGGCUAUGCCGCACCCGGCGGCAAGUGGAUGGCAAAGUAGGCGACUUGGUGGAGCCCAAAGUUUCUGCGGCCAAGUACUAUCUGGGACAGCAUUUCAGGACACAAAAGCACAUUGAACAAUUGGCAGCUUUUGAGAAAGAAGGACAGCCACAGAAUCAGAAGGAAAUCGUCCCGUGUCAGGGCUUGCAAGUCAAAAAUUCCAUCUCUGGUGGCCUACUUUACUACAUGCGCACUGAGUUUUCCACAUGGGCUGCCUUCACAAAUUUGGAGAGCUUGGCAACGCACUCCUAUUGGCAAGAGCCAAAUGGUGCUGGUUGGAUCAUACGAUCCUCGGGCUGUGAUCAAAACAUGGAAAAGACAAAGGAAGAUUGGCAGACAUGUCCGGAGUGCAUCCACUUGGGUUCUGGAAAGAGAUCAGUGGUGAGAAAUGUGACCCGCUUCACUCAAAAGUACCUCUGGGCCAAGCUCCUGAAUGCCAGACUUUUUCAGGGAGCUGAAGCACGUGAGUUGGUGGAAGAGGAAGUGCGAAAAUCAGCAGCAUUUCGUUCUGACCCCAAGGAAGCAGAGAAAGUCUUGAAGCUUCCAAACCACCAUUUACAGCAGCUGGUACGUGCCACAUGGACGCACACCAAUGCAACUCAAGUCACCCCGCAAUGCUUGGACUUCCUCACUACCGUGGUCAAACCCACACUCCGGUGCAACGUCAGUUCAUUUGAGGGGUGCUUCCAAGAUGUCGCGGCCCGUUUUGAGGCCAUGAUAGCCAGCCGGGAUGUCAAUGAUGCGGAACUGUCCAAGCUGAAGCUGGCCGCGGCUGCCUUGGAUGGAAGCAUUGAAAGCAACCCUCUUCUGGAGGGGAUGGCUCUUGCCUGCCUCCGUUUGAUGGACAAGCAAAAGAGGGGAGUCGAGACGAUGGCUGGCCGCCCCAGCAAAGACCGCACUGAGCGAGAAUUUGCACUGGUGGCUGACGCAGGGAUGCGUUUGGCUAUGGCGACUGGCAACGGAAAGCUGGGCAAGCAGUUUGGCAUUCGAGGCGACAUCAGGACCAAACUUGAUGACCUGCAUGGAAUGAGCAUACCAUGUCCAGCAGUAGCACUGAUAUGGGAUGAAGUGAUGCGGGAGAACUGCAAUCUUCUCGACCAGCGCUUCAACGUGAAGCCGUACUCACUGAAGCGCCGGCUCUGGUGCUGCUUUGAUGCAACGUACCUUUCACCGGCGCUUUGCCAGUUGCAGCUCCACAACAAGUAUGGUUUGGUCGGGGGUAUAUGGGCACCAGGUGCUGAAGAGGCUUGUUUCAUCGACAUGGACGAUGCAGUUGAGGUCAAAAACAUACCUCGAGCAUCGACGAUGUUAGAAUUCUUGGUGUAUGACCCUUGUGCCGUGCGCAAGACACCCUUCUCCGUGGCUUCCAUGCCCAUGGAUCAUUCGUUUGGAGGCAAUGGUGUACAUGGAUCUCUGAAGGCAAACUGGGCAAUGCUGGAGGUGGUGGGCAGGUUUUUGUCCUAUGCCCACAAGGUGGUACUUGGAGUUUGCUUCGAUGCUCACUCCUCACAUUCAUUUGUGAGGAAGCUGCUCCAUGGGCAAACUGAUGACAUCAAUCUCGACCACUUGGAGAAGGUACCCUUCUUUUCAAAAUUGACCUACCGGCCCUUGCCAAAACACAAUUUGCCAAGGCUGCCCCUCCAAAUAGCCUUGCAUGAAGACCAGCCGUUCUUUGCAAUGUGCGGACCGUGCCUUCGGCAGAACGGCCUACCGCCAAGUGCAUAUGCCCGCACCAACCCCAUGAGUGACAAGCUAAACGCUUUGAUCAACAAUCCCUUCUUUCUGGUUGAGUCGGCAGAUGGGCCAUUGUCAAGUCUCCAUGUGCCCUGGUGCAACAAGGGCAUGACAGUCCACAAUCUGGUGGUCAGUCUUUGCACGAGCCCAGUGACACACAAGGAUCUGUCCUUGGCUCAAAGGUGUGAAGCCAGCCUUGCUGGUUUCUUGGCCCUGGACAUGUUCAGGAUGCUGUCAAUUCAGAUUUCAGCAGAGCUGGGUUUACCCACAGGCUCGACCUUCAUGUCGGGUCAAACUAUGUGGAAUUUACAGGGUUCUGCCCUCGCCACGGUUGCAAUUUCCUGUGCGAAACCCAAAGGGUUCGCACCAUGGAAACAUGGUGAAGGACGCCUAUCAGAGAUAGCGGUAGAGCAGUUCUUUGGCCAGCUGCGCGGCCAAUCCAGCACGGCACAGCUUUCCAGCAGAGGGUACUGGAUUGCUGCAGCAAGACGUGCAAUCAAGGUCAGUGAUGAGCUCAACAAGGCCAAGAACAACUUCCCGGAUGCCAGCAAAACUGGAGAAGAUCCUUUGACGGACGAACAGUUCCAGAAAUGUUGUGAACGUGCUCUACGUGGGGCAUUGCUGUUGGUGGCAAGAUGUAGCCAGGUUGGCAUUGAGGACUUGGAAGCGACCUACCGCAGGCGUUGCGAAGAAGGUGACAUCUUUUCCUUUGCAGCCUUGCAUCAGGAGGAGGAUGAAGAAUUGCAGGAGCAAAUGGAGAAGCUCGGCAAGCCGGAGGAAAGGAGUGGCACUGAGAAUAGCGGAUGUGCUCAAGUCAUUGCUCAGCUCUUUGACCCAAUUGAAACGCUUGACCAUCAAGCUGACCUGGGUGAGGCAACCUUGGGUGCACAGGAUGAUUUGUCGGGUGAGGCUGAUGCAGACCAGCUCAGGGCUCUGUGCGAAAGCAAAGUUUCAAGUGAGCCCUUCGGAAUGGAGCAAAACAGCCCGCAAGUUGAAGGCCGGGCAAAGCAUGGAGAUGACCUUCCAAGCUCCCUUCUCGAAGCCAUGGAGAUGAGAGGAUGUGUGUGGAAUGCAUUGUUCCGCCUCAUUGUCAAGCUCCGAGCUGCUCGCGGAGGGUCUGACCUGCAAUUCAUACCCAACCCGAGGUUCAAUGAGAGGCGCCUUGCCGAGAUCAAUGCUGAGCGCGAUGAGCCGGUUUACAGAACGAGGGCUAGCAGAUUGGAUCGUUGGAGGGAGUUGGUCAAAGUCGCCCAGAAUGACUUGCAGAUCCAGCAAGCUGAGCCAGAAAGACUCGUGGCUGGCAAUGUGGUUUUGUUCCACACGCCCACCAAAAAAAUCACCGUGGAGCUCGGCUUGGUGAUAUCCGUGUUCAAAGGGGUGAAGGCUCCAAAGUUGCAUCCCGGUGAUGUGCCCAUUUCCAGUGCGUCUCCCAUGGGCAACAAUGGCACCGUUCGCAUCACUUUGUCUGAUGAGAGUGCCAAUGCCUUGUGCCGGGUGACAGAAAUGAAACAGUGGGAAGUUGCCCCAACCAUGGUGCGAGGUGCCAAAAAGGCAACAGCUACCGGAAUGACUGCAGAAAUUGAAGUGACCAAGCCAGUCAGAAAAAGACGGUUUGCACACAGGGUGCGGUUCAUGAGGAUCCGGAAGAACCAAACCAAAGGGGCUGAUGGCAAACACAGCGAGACCCAGGGCGGUUUUAAAAAAACCAAGAAAAGGAUUCUCAAAAAGAGUCCAGAACGGAAUGAGAAGGAAGUCUUUGGGGUUGAAAAUACGCAAGAAAUCAAGAGAAGUGCAUCUGGCCGCAGCAUCAUCAAAGCCAUGUUGCAUGAGCUCAAAGUGCUAGAUGCCGCUGCAUUUGCACAAGCCCCAGCAUUUGACACAGACGGCGUGUGCAGGAUGAAGCAUGACAGCGCAAAGGGCAGAACAUGGCAAGACAUUCGUGAAGGUGGUCCACCUUGCAUCGAAGUGAUGUGUUCCGACAUUGCUUUCAGAUGGUACAGGAAUCUGAGAAGUGCUGCUGCCUAUGCGGAAGCUGUGAGCAGCCUCAUGCACAGAAUCAGGGAUCAGCUCAGCAAGGACGACGACGACCACGACGACCACGACGACGACGACGACGACGACCACGACGACCACGACGAGGAGGACGAGGAGGACGAGGAGGACGAGGACGAGGACGAGGACGAGGACGAGGACGAGGACGAGGACGACGAUGACGACGACGACGAGGACGAGGACGAGGACGACGACGAGGUGGACACCUGGCGCUUCCCAGUUCUCCUGCCCGCAGACAUGCAGCUGUGGGAGGUCGGGGGCGUUUUCCAAUACGCAUUGGCAAGUGAGAAAUUGCUGGUCUGGUUGGUGAAGAGCGUUCAGAGUGAAGCUAUGAAGUUGCCUGUGGUCCAGCGCAAGUGCUCUUUAGUGCACCUGUUAGUACUGGAGCUUGGACGCCGUAAGCUAUGCAAACUCGGACGCGCAAAGCUACCUGCUGCCUUGGGCAUUCAGAACUCGCGCAUCAAGCAAUAUGCUGCUGAGUUUCCUGAGGGAACGAUGCCAAUCAGACAGGGCACGAAUGCCUCAAAGGUUGCCGUGGUGAAACGUCGCUUGUCAUCAGGCCAUGUCACGUGCCUUGUGCAUCCUUAUGCCCAGCCCGUUGCCUUCGCUUUAGCCCUGUGUUUGGCUAACUUAACGCGUUACUUGCGACGGCGGAAGCGCUUGUGGAAACUCAGCAGCCUGGGGCGAAGGAAAGUGCCGGUGGAUGCUGCCUAUGGCGAGGGCGAACCAUGCUGCAUUUGUUUCGGUGCUGAGGAUGAGGCGAACAUUUGUCUUCUUCCUUGCCGGCAUUCGCUCCACGCUAGCUGCUAUCGCAGUUGGAUAUGCACAGACUCGUACCCAUCGCGUGAUUUGAUUUGUCCGAUUUGUCGCCGAAAGGUGACAGGUGUUGGCAAGCUAGUUUAAGCCAUCCAAUUUUUUCAAGGUGGGGCAGGCGGCUGCUGGGAUCUUG